CCGAAAAUCAGUUGUAUCCUGCCAUCACAGAAUGCAUCUGCUGACGCUGAUCUUUGGGAUUGUGCUUUUCCCUAAAGGCAAGUCUUGUUUUUCUUAUCUGUUUUUUUAAAAAGCCUUGAGCUCCAGCCCGGAUCUUUUUGUUCAUCACCUGUUCGUCCGCGGAUGAACAGCCCAAACCUUGACAUGUUAUGACUGUGUAUCGGGAGCCUCAGGAACCUGCAUGGAUACAAAAGAAUGCCCUUUGCAGGGUCAACAAUGUGGGGCGGUGAAAGUCACUUCAUAUGCAGGUGAUAUGAAAGUUCUUGAUGUCAACUCAAAAACCUGUGUUCCGGCUGAAGAGUGUGUUGAGGCUUCAGUAAACUUUGGUAUUAGCAAAACCUCGAUUAAUAGCAAGUGUUGCAACUCCAAUCUCUGCAACACCCAACCUGCCCCAGAACCCAGCCAAUCCAAUCCAAAUGGUAAGAUGUGUUUCUACUGCGAUGGACAAACGUGCACCAACACUUUAAGAUGUGAGGGGAAUCAGGACUACUGCAUCUCAACAACAGUGAGUGCAGGAAAUCAAAAGAUGACCGUGAAGGGCUGUGCCUCCAAGAUCCUGUGCUCAACGAAAACAACGCAGGCUGCAGGAGCCCUUGGAACAGAUAUUAGCUGCUGUCAGGGGAACUUAUGCAACAGCGCCAGCAGCACAAGUGCUGGCCUUCUGCUCCUGGUGGCACCGCUGGUCUCUUUGGUUACGCUCUCCUAACUGGUGGAGACGGCAGCAUCACCACUCAGCUUUUCUCUCAUCUUUGCAUGGCCUUAUACUGCUGCUCACACCCCGGUCCCCAUCCUUUCAAGUAUAAAAAUAUAAUUCAGUAAAAUUCUUAUUUUACUUGUGUCUUGCCUCAUACAGUUUCUUGCAAGAUCAUUUUCUUUCUUUUUGUUGGAAUGUUUCCUAUAUACCAUUUCAAAGCUUUACAGCUUAUUCUGUUGUUUUUUUAUUAAGUAGAACAAGGAGAAUGUAAAAAACAUCAUAAUGCACAGUUUUUGUUCUGAGUGCUAUUAUUAUCCUUAAACCUAUACUUUUAAUUGUCAAGACUAUUUGGAUGUAACUGAUAAAAGUUUAAGAAAUAAAAAUCUUUAAAUUCUG